AGACCAUCUUCCGGCAGAUCUGCCUUCAUGCUGCCCCUUUCCAUCACUACCCUCCUUCUGUCGCUUGGUCCCUUGAACGUUGGAGGCUGCGAGCACAACCAUGAACCACAGAACCUGAACACGGAGUUUGCCCUCGCUCUCUACCAACGCUGGGCAGAGCGCAACCACGGGACCAACCUCGCCGUAUCCCCAGUGAGCGUGUCUCUUUCUUUGGGGCUUCUGCAGUUUGGGGCUCAAGGGAGGACAUUGGCCCAACUGCAGCAUGCUCUGGGAUACAGCACUCAUGAUCAGGACGUACAAGACUUCCUGCACACUGUGUACAGAGAAGUGACCAACUCAAGCCAAACCCCUGUAGUAGCACAGCUGGUGUGUGCCCUCUUUGUUCAAGCCGGAACGCAUCUUUUGCCGCCGUUUGUUCAGCAUGCCGCACUCUGGGCAAACAGCACAGUACAGCAGGCUAACUUCAGCGAGCCUAACAGGACCGCAGCUCAGAUAAAUGAAUGGUUUGCCACAAGCACUGGAGAUGGAGAAACAAGUUACCUAUCGCUGGAAACUCUUGAUUCCCCACUCAACCAGAUAGCUGUGGUGAGCGUGAUGUCCUUCAAAAGCACUUGGCAAAGGAAAUUCACCUUCACAGAUACUCAGACCUUGUCCUUUACAACUACAGAGGGCCUCAUCCUGAAAGUGCCUACUAUGUAUCUCAGCGCCGAAGUCAACUAUGGUGAAUUUCUACUGGACUCUCUGGAACGGAUCAGUGUGGUUGAAUUGCCCUACCUGGGGGAGACAGUCAGUAUGUUUGUGGUGCUUCCAUCUGACAGGAGAAUAUCUCUAGCUGAGAUCGAGAGAUACCUCUCAGCCCGAAACUUCCUGCUGUGGUCCAACAGCUUGAGAAGAACGAAGAUGGACCUAUUUCUCCCCAGGUUCAGAAUCGAAAACCACUUGGACCUGAAAAUGGUUUUGCCUACAUUAGGAAUUACAGAUAUGUUUGACCCAGCUAUGGCCAAUUUUAAAGGGAUUUCAGAACAAGAACAUCUUUAUAUCUCAGAAGCCACCCACAGAGCAAGGAUUGAAGUGACGGAAGAUGGAACAAAGGCCUCAGGCAUUACAGCUAUGGUGUUGCUAAAACGAUCCCGGGCUCCUGUCUUCAAAGCUGAUAGACCUUUUAAUUUUCUCCUUAGGCAAGGCAGAACAGGUUCAAUUCUGUUUAUAGGAAGACUUACAAAUCCUACUGAGUAAACGUGUCCUAUCCAUGCUUCCAUAUAUCUGCAUUCCCAUAAAAUUAAAAAGCAUUAAUAGGACGUUUUAAGUCUUGUGACUAUCAAGAGGAAGCUGUGUGAAACUUAGGGCUGUAAAUAAAAAUAGAUGCUUAUUGCCA